AUGGCAGACCUCUUCAGCGGACUCGUGGGCGGCGUCGUCGGCGCUGUUGCUGCAGCAGAUUUGCCUGCGGAGGGCGAGAGGGCCCCCCGCCCCGCCCCCGGCACUGCCUGGACUUGCUGCUGCAGCAAACUGCAAGAAGGGGCCCGCGAGCUGGAGGGUUUUGUGCAGCAGCUGAGUUUUGUUGCAGGGAAGCUGGCCUGCUGCCUGCGGGUGGGGGCGGAGCAGCUGGCGCGCUGCGCUGCGGAGGGGCGGCUGCCCAGCAGCAGCAGCAGCAGCAGCUGCUGCGCGCUGCUGCAGCUCGAGAAGCAGGACCUCGAGCAGAGCCUCGAGGCCGGCAAGCAGGGCGCGGAGUGCCUCUUGAGGAGCAGCAAACUGGCCCUCGAGGCCCUCCUCGAGGGGGCCCGCGUUGCAGCAACGCGGGGUUUGCUGCUGGUCGAGAGCAGCAAAGACACGGUGCUGCGCAGCAUUCCCCACACCCAGGAGAAGCUGGCUCAGGCCUACAGUUCUUUCCUGCGGGGCUACCAGGGGGCAGCAGCGGGGAGGUCUCUGGGCUACGGGGCCCCUGCUGCUGCUUACGGCCAGCAGCAGCAGCCCAGCAGCUACGGGGCGCCCCCCGCCUCCAGCCAGCAGCCCUCCGGCUUCUUCUGGUAG